AUGUAUCCUGUUGGAGGGAUAUCUGCAACCAUAAACGCCAACAGGCUGCGAGCAGAAGGUAUGGGCUCCAACGAGCAGGCAGUGCACUUCGCCAACCAGGACUAUGAGGCACUGAAGCAAGAGUGCAUCGAGUCGGGCUGCCUUUUCGAAGACCCUUGUUUUCCUGCUGAGCCACCAUCGCUUGGCUUCAAGGAGCUCGCCCCCUAUUCUGCUAAAACCAGAGAUGUUGAGUGGAUGAGACCCACGGACCUGGUGAGUCAGCCUCAAUUCAUUGUAGGUGGUGCCACCAGGACGGACAUCUGUCAGGGAGCGUUGGGGGACUGCUGGCUCUUGGCAGCCAUUGCUUCUCUUACCCUGAAUGAGAAACUGCUUCAUCGGGUUGUCCCACAUGGGCAGUCCUUCGACGAUGACUAUGCAGGAAUUUUCCACUUUCAGUUCUGGCAGUUUGGCGAAUGGGUAGAUGUUGUAAUAGAUGAUCGACUUCCUGUCAAAGAUGGCGAGCUGAUGUUUGUGCAUUCUGCUGAGGGCAAUGAAUUCUGGAGUGCACUGUUGGAAAAGGCUUAUGCCAAGCUGAAUGGUACCUAUGAGGCUCUGUCUGGAGGAAGCACCACUGAGGGUUUUGAAGACUUCACAGGUGGUGUCUCGGAGAGUUACGAACUCAGCAAAGCCCCGAGAGAUCUGUACAAGAUAAUCGGCAAAGCUCUGGAUAGAGGCUCCCUGCUGGGUUGCUCCAUUGAUAUAACCAGUGCCUUUGACAUGGAGGCUGUAACAUUCAAGAAGCUGGUGAAGGGCCACGCCUAUUCAGUCACUGGACUGAGGGAGGUGGAUUACCGAGGCAGAAUGGAGCGUUUAAUCCGAAUUCGUAAUCCUUGGGGCCAGGUGGAGUGGACAGGUGCCUGGAGUGACAAUUCCUCAGAAUGGGAGCAAGUUGAUCCAUCUGAACGAGAUGAAGUGCAUCUGCAGAUGGAAGACGGAGAGUUCUGGAUGUCGUUUAGUGAAUUCCUGAGGCAGUUUUCCCGCCUCGAAAUCUGCAACUUGACUCCGGAUGCCCUAAAGGAGGAUACUCUCAGCCACUGGAACACCAUCAAGUUUAAUGGCACAUGGAGGAGAGGCAGUACCGCUGGAGGCUGCAGGAAUCACCCUAACACGUUCUGGAUCAACCCUCAGUAUAAGAUCACACUGCUGGAGGAGGAUGAUGACCCUGACGAUGAUGAGGUCGCCUGUAGUUUUUUGGUUGCACUGAUGCAGAAGGACCGACGCAGGUAUCGCCGACAUGGUCAGGAUAUGCACACCAUUGGCUUUGCUCUGUAUGAGAUCCCAGAGGAGUUUAAAGGCUGCCAGAAUGUCCACCUGAAGAAGAAUUUCUUUCUGAGAAAUCAGUCGUGCGCUCGCUCUGAGACUUUCAUUAACCUGCGGGAGGUGAGCACACGGCUCCGUCUACCUCCUGGAGAAUACCUCAUCGUCCCGUCCACCUUUGAGCCUGGUAAAGAGGCUGAUUUCGUCCUCCGAGUCUUCACUGAGAAGCAAUCAGAAACAGAAGAACUGGAUGACGAAAUAUCUGCAGAUUUAGAAGAUGAGGAUGAACUAACUGAAGAUGACAUUGAUGAGUCCUUCAAGUCCAUGUUUGCCCAACUAGCAGGCGAGGACAUGGAGAUUUCCAUUCGUGAGCUGAAGACCAUUCUGAACAGGGUCGUCUCACGCCAUAAAGAUCUGAAGACGGAUGGGUUCAGUAUGGAAUCCUGCAGAACCAUGGUCAAUCUAAUGGAUAAGGAUGGAAGUGCUCGUUUGGGAGUUGUGGAGUUCCAAAUUCUUUGGAACAAGAUCCGAAAGUGGCUGCUUGUUUUUAGACAAUUUGACCUUGACAAGUCAGGUGCCAUGAGUUCAUAUGAGAUGCGGCUUGCUGUGGAGGCAGCAGGUUUUAAAUUAAACAACAGACUAAAUGAGAUUCUGGUGGCCCGGUAUGCAGAGAAUGAGAUGAUCGACUUUGAUAACUUUAUCUGCUGCUUGGUCAAGCUUGAGGCCAUGUUCAGGUCUUUCAGGCAGUUUGACAAAGAGUCAACAGGAGUGGCUGAACUGACUCUUAUAGAAUGGCUUUACCUGACCAUGUGUGGUUGA